UUGCCUUUCCAGGUGCCCGAGAGUGCAGUGUCCAGUCUCUACAUGAAGCUCAAGUGAAAGGAUACGGGUGCCAGGGCCCCACGUCCACGGACAGAAUGACCAAGACCCGGCUCUUCCGCCUGUGGCUGGUCCUGGGCUCUGUCUUCAUGAUCCUCCUGAUCAUCGUGUACUGGGACAACGUGGGCACCGCCCACUUCUACCUGCACACUUCCUUUUCCAGGCCGCAUCCCCUGGAGCCCCUCCCGACCCCCAGGCAGGGGGAAGAGAAGGAGUUCACAUCAGACGUGGACGAGUUUUUGGAGAAGCUCUUCAGUGCCGGCAUGAAGCAGAACGUCCUUUCCGGUAGAAAGACAGAGCAGCCCUCCCAGCUGGCCUCCAGCAGGCCUGUGCUGAGCAACAUGGAGGAGAGGGUGAGGGGCUAUGACUGGUCCACCCACGACGCCCAGCAGAGCCCAGACCUGGACAGGCGGCAGGCCGAGAGGAGGAGCGUGCUGCGGGAAUUCUGCGCCAACGCGAGCUUCGUGUUCCCUACCAAGGAGCGCUCCUUCGAUGACAUCCCCAACUACGAGCUGAAUCACCUCAUUGUGGACGACCGCCAUGGGGUCAUCUACUGCUACGUGCCCAAGGUGGCCUGCACCAACUGGAAGCGCGUAAUGAUUGUCCUGAGCGAGAGCCUCUUGGACCAGGGCGCCCCCUAUCGCGACCCCCUGGACAUCCCCCGGGAGUACGUCCACAACUCCAGCACCCAUCUCACUUUCAACAAGUUUUGGCGUCGCUACGGGAAGUUCUCCCGCCACCUCAUGAAGAUCAAGCUGAAAAAGUACACCAAGUUCCUCUUUGUGCGGGACCCCUUUGUCCGCCUCAUCUCGGCCUUCCGCAGCAAGUUUGAGCUGGAGAACGAGGAGUUCUACCGGAAGUUCGCCAUCCCCAUGCUCAAGAUGUACUCCAACCACACCAGCCUGCCCGCGUCGGUCAGCGAGGCCUUCAGCGCGGGCCUCAAGGUGUCCUUCGCCAACUUCAUCCAGUACCUGCUGGACCCCCACACCGAGAAGCUGGCGCCCUUCAACGAGCACUGGAGGCAGGUGCACCGCCUCUGCCACCCCUGCCAGAUCGACUACGACUUUGUGGGCAAGCUGGAGACCCUGGACCAGGACGCGGCCCAGCUCCUCCGGCUCCUCAAGGUGGACAAGCUUCUCCACUUCCCCCCGAGUUACCGGAACAGGACUGCCAGCAGCUGGGAGGAGGACUGGUUUGCCAAAAUCCCCCUGGCCUGGAGGCAGCAGCUUUACAAACUCUAUGAAGCAGAUUUUGUUCUCUUUGGCUACCCCAAGCCUGAAAACCUGCUUAGAGACUGAAGGCAUUAGGGGAAAAUCCCCAACACCAAAAAAAAACCCUGCUCGUGUUGUUACUUUAAAACCGAACGAAGGGUCUGCCAUACCACGACCAUCUUCUGAGGAUGGCGAUGGGUCGCCACAUGUAUUUUUUUAUGGCUUCUUUUCCCUCCCCAUUUGACACAUUGCAGAAUUCCACAGUGCUCCUGUUGACGAGGCAGCUGGGAACUCCCCACAACCACACCCACACUCCAGUUUUUAAACUAACGUACAAUUUUGCAAUCUAGACUGUUUACUCCACUGCCUAUCAUUCAUUGAGUACUGUGUUAAUAUUGUUUUUUAAGAUUAAUAUAUUUCAGAUAUUUAAUAUGAAAAGUGGAGAAGGAAAUGAUGGAGUAAAAUGUUACAUCUGCUC